AUGAUGAUGACAGAUAAAGAACAAUUAAAUAAUAAUGUUCAAUUUCAACAAUUAUCAACAGAAAUGAAAGAAGCAAUUAAAUCAAUAAUGGUGAGUCCAACAGAACAAGAGAUUGAGGAUAAAAAAAAUGGAAAAAGAAAAAGAAAAGUACCAUUACCACAUGGUCAUAGUCAAUUGGAUUGGAUGAAAAAACAGAGUGCAGCACAGCCAUGUUUCGAUACUAGUGGUAAUGGUGGUAAAAUUACAAUACAAGAAUUAAAAAAACAUAAUAAUGAAAAUGAUGCUUGGACAGUUUAUAAAGGUAGAGUUUAUAAUAUUACUGAUUAUUUUCAAUUUCAUCCUGGUGGUAAAAUUGAACUUUUAAGAGCUGCUGGUAAUGAUUGUACUCAAAUGUUUGAAUUCACACAUUCUUGGGUAAAUUUUGAAGCCAUGAUGUUAAAAUAUUUAGUUGGUUAUUUAUCUAUUGAAGAUAAUUAA